AUUUAUCACGUUAAUGAAUUGUAGUUAGUUAGUUCAUUCUAUUUAUUUAAAACUGUUGGUUCGUAUUAUAUAAACGGCGGAGGAAAUGAAUCAGGUGAUGGAGGAUCUUUGGGGCCAAGAUUCUUCUCGGCACCGAACAUCACCGAGUCAGAAGCACGAGAUCAUCCCAAAUUGGUUCAGCCUCUGUAUAUUUUCAUCAAGAAAGCAGAGGGAGGCAUAGCUGCUGAAGUAAAAGUAAAGCUGAAAGAGGAGCAUCAUAUCAGUGUUCGUCCCAGUAUUGAGUUUAGUGGUUUUUGUGCACCUUUGCCGGGAGGGACUGUUACUUUAGAAUAUAAGAAGUUGAAUAGAUCUUUAACUUCUUCAGCAACAACUAGAUGUUUGUUCAUUCCUGAGGAUGAUCGCAAAUUUGAAGUUCAAUAUGCAGAUCCAUCUCUCUGUCUUAGUUACUUCAAUAAAAAGAAAUUGAGCCUCGUGACCAUCACAGAUAACAUGCAACCAGUAUGGGUUAAUUGUGAUGGUGUAAAAGCCAUCAUGACAGAGAAAUUUAAUUUUGGUAAUGAAAUUACUUGGGGGCUAGUUUUGGAAAGAAUAAAGACAUUUGAUAGAUCAAAUGAAAUAAUUACACAUGCUCUGCCCUAUGAACAUUCAACCACCCUUAGUGGUACUGGCAUGGAUCAGAGGGCUAUUUUAGAGUCCAAAGUUACUAUUGAUACCACAAAUGAUGUGGAUGGACUGAUAUGUGGGAGCAAAAUUGAGUAUGAGGGAGCUCUUGGUAUUGGCAUAGACCGAAGGUUGCGGAUCAUCAAUCGACGCAAGUUAAGUGCCACAUCUUUUAUCCCAUUGAUGCCUGCUGUUAAGCUGCCGUCGGUGCUUGUACUCCAUGGCCUCUAUGGCGACCAUUUAGGUGACAUUGCCCCAUAUGAUGCUUUCACUCUGGAAGGUCCCUAUUCCGUAACGAAUUACAACAGAGGAGUGAGUAGAUCUGCCACAAACAUCCUUGAGAGCAUGUUACUAACUUGCUAUUUCUACCGCUGGCUGCUGAGUUCAGAAUCCCUUUCAAGGGUGGGGCUGGGUGUGUGUAUGCCUUUGGAGAGCAUGGAAGUAAUCUUGCUCUUCAGUAAGAGGGAUUCCUACAGAAAAUUCGAGGAAGAUUGGUCCGGGACUGUGGUAUGGUGUUGGUCUCAAGCUUGAUUCCCUCAGAGCAGAAUAUGCAAUUAAGCAUAACUCAGGAAUAGGUUGUCUGAUGGUAAGUUUCGGAGAUAGAUUUUGAGGUGUAUAUUAGUCAUAUAGUACACAUUUCUUAGAGCUAGCUAGUUUCCAUUCUUUUGUGGAAGAAAUGUUUCACGCAGAAGAUUGAAGACAGGGCAAAUGGUUUCAGAGUUGCGAGAAUAAAUCUAGUUGUAGAGUUUUAGUGGACACUGGACACCAUUCUAGUACAUUGGGUUUUUUUUUUUUGGUUUAGGCUUCAGGGUAAAUAUUGAGAUGACCGAUUAUCUUGAUGUCCAGUAUUGAUCAUUUUUGCAGCUUAUGAUCAAUGUAUAUACCAUGAGAACACGCACACAAGCCUAGUACUAGUAGUACAUUCAUAUCGUCAUAUACACUUUGUUAACUCUUUUGUGAAUAUGAUUGUUGAAAUAAUUGGGAUUUGCAUUU